AUGGCAAAUAUAGAUCAAAGGAUAGAUGAGCUACUCAAGUGGAUUAAGAAUACCCAGGAUGAAAAGAUUCUGCCUUCAACUCAUUCCUUCAUUUCGCCUAAAAUUGUUGUUAAAGAUAUGAAAAACUUUGGUAGGGGUAUUCGAGCAGCUAGUUCAAUCAAGAAAACGGAGAUGCUUCUUAGAAUACCGCACUCAUUUCUUUUGAACUUCAAUACGGUUGUUAGGCAUAUCAGUAGACAUAAUGAAUCCAUAAAAUUACAAGAGACAUACUACACAAGCAUUUAUGUUCCUUAUGGAGAGGUUCCUGAAACUCAAUACACGAAAAUAUACUCUAAGCUAACGAUGGAGGAGAUGCUUGGUUUAUCUUCCUUCCAGUUGUUAUCACUUUACAUUUGUUUUGAGAAGCAAAGAGGGACCUCGUCUUUUUGGAAACCUUUUAUAGAUAUGCUUCCAGAGACAAGUGACUUUGACCUAGCCCCGUUGGUUUGGAAAGUUUUAGAAGUGGAUCAUCAUGAACUAUUAUUGAAAUUGUUGCCUAAUUCGACUAAAAAACAUAUGGAUAAGAUAUAUGAUAGAUUUCAAACUGAUUACAAUGUCGUAAAAAAUCUACUUGCAACUAAAUUGCAAGAAAUAUCUGAUGAUGAAAAGCCAAAUGAUUUUACCGAUGCAGUUAAUAGCCUUGUACCAAUUGAUCUAUAUUUAUGGUCUUGGAUGUGUAUUAACUCUCGUUGCUUAUACAUGGAAAUUCCACAGAGCAAAAGUGCUGCAGAUAAUUUUACUAUGGCCCCAUACGUAGAUUUUCUAAACCAUUCUUGUGACGAUCAAUGUGGGCUAAAAAUUGAUGGAACUGGAUUUCAAGUUUAUACAACAUGCUCAUAUAAUACCGACGAACAAUUAUUCUUGAGUUAUGGGCCUCAUUCUAAUGAAUUUUUAUUAUGUGAGUAUGGCUUCACUUUGCCUGAGAACAAAUGGAAUGAUUUAGAU